AUGUCUGUUUAUGGAUCCGAACAAAUGGUAAUGGACGGUGACAUAUUAUACCCUAUGUGGAUUGAGUCAUUAAACACAGUUAUGGACGACAAUAAGGUGUUGACGUUGGUGAAUAAUGAACGUAUUGCCCUAACACAGACAAUGUGCCUACCGUUGGAGGUAUCAAAUUUGAGGUCUACCACGCCAGUUACUGUCGGCUCUAAUCCAUAUGUUGCUGGUUGGAUGGACACUAGUGAUAAUGUAACUGAAAAAGCUGCUCUCCUGGUACUAUUUGAUAAAUAUGUGCCCAUCUGUUUGGAAACGCUUUAA